AUGCCAACCGUGCACACCGGCCAGGGAACCCGUCUCCUCCUUGAGAUCACUGAAAAGGGCAUCACCGAUCUGACCAGUCUCGGCGACGACAUGAAGAAGACUGCUGCCGUCACAGAGCGCAUCUACGUCGAAGUUCGGAUGCAAUGGCUAGCGUAUCUCAUGGUCAUGCGUGGCCAGCUAGGCUCUACGUUCGACGAGGACAGCGCACAAACCCACGCCUCUCAGGUGUUCCGCCCCUACGAAAUGCAAGCACACAACUACAAGCAAUGCUGCGACCUGGCUCAGCGCGUCAUCGACAAAUUCGUGCAGCUCCAGAAACUUGCUGGCACCGUUCUGGCUGCGCAGGAAGAGAUGGGCGAACAGUUGACGCAGACGGAAGAAGGGGUCAAGAAGCUCACGAUCGGCAUCAAAUGCAUCGACACGGUUUGGUUGGACAUCACAACCUCUUUUGCGCGACUGAAGCUGGCUGUGGACGAGCUGGAGAAGACCGAAGUGAUUGGUGCUCUCAUGGGCGAGGGCGAGCCUGGACCAAGUGUUCAGGAGCUUGAGGAAGAUGACGGCAUCACGCAGGCUGAGAACGAGAAUGACAGUGGCAGUGGUGCUGUCAGCAAUAGCGAGGAGGAGGAGGAUGAUGAUGCUGCUAUUGCUGAGCAGGAGGAAGAAGAGGAAGUCUCUGUUUCGGACACUACUACUGCUACUACUGCUACUACGGUCCCGGAACAGGGCUUGUUGCAGACCAAUUCUGCCUUGUUGGGAGGUGGAGAGGGUGUGCUGUUCCCUGUGCGCUGUCUGCAGACAGUCUACGAGGAGGAUGAGGAGGCGGCUUAG